GGCGCCUAGAGCGAGGCUAGGGUAGAGAGGCCGACGGUGCUGGAGUCGUAGGCUUGAGGUGGAAGCUGCUAGGAGCUGGCAAGAGCGUGAGCGGGCGAGCGGGCGAAGGAGCGCGAGCAGGAGGGAGGGAGCGGCGCACGGCGCGUAGCAGCGCCUGCCGGGCCUCGGCCGAGCCCCAGCCGGAGGGCAGCCCGAGCCGGAGCCGCGGUCCCCCACCCCCACCCGGCCGGGCACUGCCCGGUGUUCCCCUGUGCGGGGACCGGCGGCGGCGGCUGAGCGGACCCGACGAGACCGCGGGGGGGUUGCCACCUCCGCCGGGGAGCCGGCGCGGCCGCGGGGUUCUGCGAACCGGGCCCGGGGCCCUUGACAGACGGGCCGAGGAGGAGAGAGAGAGGCGGCGGCGGCGCAGGCGACGGAGAGGCAGCGGCGGCGGCGACACCAUGUCAUCCCCCAGUCCCGGCAAGAGGCGGAUGGACACGGACGUGGUCAAGCUCAUUGAAAGCAAGCAUGAGGUUACAAUCCUAGGAGGACUCAAUGAAUUUGUAGUGAAGUUUUAUGGACCACAAGGAACACCAUAUGAAGGUGGAGUAUGGAAAGUUAGAGUGGAUCUUCCUGAUAAAUACCCUUUCAAAUCUCCAUCUAUAGGAUUCAUGAAUAAAAUUUUCCACCCCAACAUUGAUGAAGCGUCAGGAACUGUGUGUCUAGAUGUAAUUAAUCAGACUUGGACAGCUCUGUAUGAUCUUACCAAUAUAUUUGAGUCCUUCCUGCCCCAGUUGUUGGCCUAUCCUAACCCCAUAGAUCCUCUCAACGGUGACGCUGCAGCCAUGUACCUCCACCGACCAGAAGAAUACAAGCAGAAAAUUAAAGAAUACAUCCAGAAAUACGCAACGGAGGAGGCCCUGAAGGAGCAGGAAGAAGGGACUGGUGACAGCUCAUCGGAGAGUUCUAUGUCUGACUUUUCAGAAGAUGAGGCCCAAGACAUGGAGUUGUAGUGAAAAAGCACCUGCUUUUCAGAAAGACUAUUAUUUCCUAACCAUGAGAAGCAGACUAUAAUAUUCAUAUUUAAACAAAGCAAUUUUUUUUAUUACUAAACAAGGUUUUUAUGAAUAAUAGCAUUGAUAUAUAUAUAUUAUAUAUCACCCUUUAGAUCUUGAUUUCUUGGUCAUUUCUCAACCUGAGGUGCAUAGCAUAUUCCCACAUUCCAUUUUGGUAGCAAUAUGCGGUCUGAAUGCAUGCAUUCAUAAGUCCAUUUGGCCAAGUCAGCCUGUGUGCUGCUGAGCUGUGAGAAGUAGGCUCUGAUAGGCAGACAUGAGUAAAACUAACAGGAGAAUGUUGCUUCUUUUUAUUGAUGGUUCCAAAGAAACCAAAUCGACCUGCUCUUGGAUGAAGAUAGAACAGUGCUUUUCCAGAGUGGAAAGGAAAAACUGGGGAGGAAGAGACCUGCUGUGGGAGCAUACAGAGCCCGCAUGUACGAAUCAGCUGCUCCCCUGAAUCCUAAGUGGCCCGUUUCUGUGGAGCAGCAGCAUAAAACAGGGAGCUUAUUGGAGAAGUGAAACUUAGAAUUUUUUUUGACUCAGAUUUAAAUACAUUUUUCUAUGUAGAUUCCUGCCCUCCAUGCUACCAGACCUGCAGCCAUAUUGUUUUUGCUUUGGAGAACCUUUGGGAAGUGUUUUCUGAACCCAAUUCUUUUUCUUGACACAGCUUGUCAUUUCGACCUUUCUUGAGUGAAGAGGACCGGAGGAAAAAAGUAACUGGAAGUACGUGCUCUCAUCUAGAACCCGUGCAAAGUCAUGUCCUUAUCUUGUGUUGGGCGCAUUUGAGACCACUGCCCUGGACUGAGCUAUAAACUGGAGGUGGUUUUUGUUUGAUGUUAAUUUUUUUUAAUUUUGUGUGAAUUGUGCUUAGACAGGUUACAGAUUUAAUUUUCACCUACCAAGAGACAGUCUCCUCCCUGGACAAAGUGCUCUGGACCAUCAGAUGGAGGAAGAUGACUGACCUGGAGGCUGCGAGGCCUGAGGGCUUCAAGGCCAUGGGUGCUUGUUUGGUUUUCUCUCUGGCUCCAGCUCCAGGGAGCAGCCUGGUUGUCAACUGCUUGUGGGAGAGGAACUUGGGUAUUUUGAGAUACUUCCUAAACACAUCCUAAAUUUAAAGUGAGUUAAUAAUCUGAACAAAUGAAGGUUCUUGUACCCAAAGUGACUCAACCUGGGAUAAAAACAGCUUCCUUCAGUGAGUGACUGACUAGGAAGAAAGGAUUGGAAACACAGUGUAGUGGGACAGGUUGUGUAGGGAGGGUCCCUUCUCCCAUCUGUGUGGUAAGAGUAAGUCAGACAGUUGGAAACGCUGCCGCUGCCACCUGUGUCUGGUCCACUAACCCCUGUCCAGGGCAAGGAGUUUCAGGUCUGAGUGUCGGCGGCUGAUUAGAGGGAAUUUUGAGACAUUGUAGACAAGAGCUCCCUAUUCCUUCUGCUGAAAACAAGACAGUAGCAGAAUUAGCCAACCUUAAAACCUUCUAAAGACAAUUUUGAAUGUCCCACUGGAAUAACUUUUCUUUUGAUGCGUGUUUUUAGUUUAGAGUGCUCUAUCCCACAAGGUUUAAGUCAUUGAGGUUGGAAGACACCCUAUCUUUUUUAAUUCAAAAAGCACAAUCAGUCGUUCCUUUUUGAAAAUCUAUAAAGUACAAUUCUUUGCAUGAUUAUUUUCCUAAAUAAAAAGACAAAUAGUUUACUUAUUUUUAUGUUAAUUACGGGCAUGAAGCAAAAGGUUUUUUUUGGGAGAAAUGCAGUUCUGUUGAGCUGUGGUUAGUUCACCAUGCUGUUCUCUCUGGUGUCCAUGGCUUGUUGUAGGUAGUGUUGGCUAUUUCGAAUGUAAUGGCGUGCUCACACCUAGCGCUGUGCUCUCCUCGAUUUGUGGGAGGGGAGGGUCUCUGCUGGCACUGUCCAACUUGCUUCCCUGCCAGACUAGCAGUUUGCUUGUGCUAUAACCUUUAUUGUAGGUGCUACUUAGGGUAGGCUUGAAGUGCUGGGUAGUGAUUUGAGUUCAAAUAAUAAAAAUUGUAUUUUUUCAAUAUUGUAUAAAAAUAUUCUAAUUAUCUUUCAAAAAAAAAGUCCAAAUAAUUGCUUCUGAUCUUGUAAAAACAAAACCAAAAAGUAAAAAUCUAAUAGAGCCAAGUUAGGGAAGGCCUAUGAGCAGCCACAGCUCUGCCGCUCACUGGAAUCCACUUUGCUCCAUUGAAAAACACAUCAUCAGCCUGCCUCCCUCCGAGUGUCACCAGCACAUGGCUGACAGUGCAGAAUGCCUACUCAGAGCCUGGAAUGGGUCCACAGGGCUGUGUGUGUCCAUCCAGGCAGGAGGUAAAGGUGUCACUAGGCUCAGCACUGGAAGCUCCUGUGUCUGCUCCCCAAAUCCCACUGUACUCCUUUCUAGCACUAACUCUGGUUCCAUGCAUGUUUCAGCUCUCUGGCCCUUGUCCUCUCCACUGGGAAACUGACUUUGCUAGCUUUCUGACCCUUCCUUGCUCUUGGGUGAGGUAGGAGCAGACAACCAUACUGAUAGGUGCAGAGGAGCAGGAAGAGAGCCUGGCCGUGACUCUGAGGACUCUGGGUUCCCAUAAUAAAAUCUGCAGCGGGGCUGUUGUGACACCAGCAGCCUCUUCAAGUUGCCUAAGGAUGCCCGUAACACCCAAAUCAUGCAGCGCCUGGUGGAGGCCAAGCACUCUUGGCUUUGGAGUUGGUGGUAGCAGUUGGAGCUGCUGCUAGCACUUACCCUGCUCUUUGUACCUCUCAUUUUUGAGGUCGUCCUGUGGUUUACCAGCAGAAGCUAUUCUUUGCCCCCAUGCAGGUGACUGAGCUCUUGCCAAACACCAACAAGCAAAGUGGCUAUGGCCCAGCAGCCCAACUCUGCCGCUCCUGCACCUCCAGAAGCCCAGCACUGGGGCCAGUGGGCUGUGUUCAGUGGUAGCCCACCUAGACACUGGCAUCUUGACCUUUUUGUCUACAGUCUUUUCGCCCUCCUUGAGAUUACCAUGCAGCUUCAACCAGCAUUUUCUAUUAAUGAGUUAGCAGAAGUUGCUCCAUAUGAUCUCUCCAGUAGUAACAAUCUUGUCCACUUCAAAAGCUGUUCUAUUUGCCAACCAGCUGACGUAGGCUUCUGAGGGGUAUCCCCCCUCAGAGGAAUUGUGUCCUCAAAAGGUCUCCCUGAAGUCCUAGUUAGCCUUGACCUGAUACUUGGAUUUUCUAGGCCACUUUUUGGGAUGGCAAAGAAUCAUGACAGAUCCUCUGCUAGCCACUCUGGGUCAGGUUUCCAGAUGCUGUUUCUGCAACUGGCAUUGGAUUGUAAAUGGCAUGUGGCCCUCAUAUGUUUCAGUGACUCAGAAAAGUGAAAGUCAUUUACAAAAGUUAGCAAAGAGUUUUUGUUUCAUCCAUUUCUAACUGGGUUCAUAGCCUUACUGAGUGAAAUCAACUAAGAUUUUUGAUUGGGCACAAAGAACUGCAUUUCUUUGGACUUCUGAAUCCAUGUUCAUCAUCCUCUGGCUACCGAAUACCUUGGCCAGCUCUUUAGGGAUUGGAUGGAGUGGGGGCCUCAGGUGUGCAAGUUGACAUUCACCUCAGGAGUGGCCAGAGCUUGGUUUAGCAGAUACUCAGCUGUGGGCAUGGGACGAAAUGGCCACUAAUUACUGAUUGUAUUUGGUACACAUUGUGUGAUACUUGAAGAGAUAAAAGGGACUUACCAGCCCUUAAUUGAAAUCUAAGCUUUUUACCGCUUUUUCCCUCUCGUCCUAUCUCUUCCCUCCCACCUCCUUCCUUGCAUUGUGAUGAUCUAUUGGGCAUGUCUGUCACCCAGACAAAUGCCUCCUCUGACUAUAACCUCUUAAUAGUUGUGUAUAAUGAAAACUGUAAACUUUUUUAAAUAAAAUAUGUAUAUACCUUG